ACGGAAAUUGCAAAGCGUGGGUUUGAUGACUUAUUUGCAGCGAUGAAGAGAUUUGAUGGUUGAAAAACUCGGUUCUGUUAUUAAAGCGGAUUGGGAUUUUGUUACUUUUAUCUUGCUGUAGCAUUUAUUUCGACAGUGAAAUGUUAAUGAAAUGUGGGAAUUUAGUCGUAAAUGCCGCAAGACAUCUCAUAAGACCAAUGCAGCGCUCAAUUCUCCACUUGUCGAUUAAUUUGAGAGAAUAAUCGUCUUAAUUCUUAAAGAAUGUCGAUCAACUCCUCCUUAAUUAUUGUUUAGGAUUGAAAAUACAGUGGUUUGUUUACAGGGAGACAAUCUACGAAAACUUAUUGACGCUGGUUGAUUAUUGGCUACUCGCUUGGACAGGAGCAAAAAAUGGCAAGUUUUCCCAAAAUAAGGUCGGGUUAACUUUGGUAAGCUUGAACUUUUGCAUAGAGGUUACUUAUGUUAUGUAAACCAACAUAUUAAAAAAUGUUUUUUUGUUAUGGAUGCGUCUUCGAGAUGUGAGGCUUUAAGUGCAAUUUUUACAUGUUCAAAGUAUGAAUUCUCCUCGUUUUUAGGGAAAAGUCGGGCUCUGAUCAGAAAUUAAGCCAACUUUGCUCGCUAAUAUCUAAAUUUCAUAUAUUCUAAGUUUCUUUCAAAUUUGGAAUUAAGCUUUUGGUCAGAGAAACUCCUUGUAUGUGGAAUCAUGAGCUUAUAUAUUGAGAAUUGGAAAAUUUUAUGCCAUUUUUUUUUUGCUCUGUCACUCGCUUGAAUCAGCCAAUGGAAAUGGAUGCCUUGUGUGACUCGGCAUUAAGCGGAGCAUAAAAUGGCGGCGUGAUUGACCUUCUUUGAUGAGCUGUUUAUCCUCAUUUCCAUGAAGAUACAGUUGGCUCCAGAUAUCUAGAAUCUUCAGAGCAAAGUCCAUUAAAACACCAAGGUCACCCAAAGCCAAGCAUCUAGAAGUGGUUCAUUAUGAGUCAGGACACUUGAGUGAAAAACUGUCAACUCGUGUCUGUCAGCAUAAAUAACCCAUCUGAAAAACCAUAUUUUUCUAUAUCGACUGGGUUCCUAACACAGGGAACUCUCUUUCGGUACAGAGAAGUUGGUAGUCGACACAGGCAACCCGUCUAUUAAUACAGGCAGUCCAUUCGUCAUCCCUGGUAGCUCAUCUGCAAACUCUGAACACAGAAAACCUUCUCUCGACAAAGGAAAGACGAUAGUUUGCACAGGAUAUCUGCAAAGGUAUUUCGUUUGAAAAUCCAAAUCUACCAAGUUUGGCAGAAUAACUCUCGGCAAUGGGAAUGCCAUUGUUAAGAUAGACAACCGAUCCCCAAGCACAGGUAACCCAUCUACCCGAAAAGAAGCUUCAGGUCUACACAAGCAACUGAUAUCAGAAGAAGAACCAUUUUGAGCACAGAACCGUCUGCAAACUUAACUCUUACCACAGGCAACAAUAAAAACACAGGUGGCCUAUUUGUCCAUCUUUCCAGUAUGGUAUUCGAAAGACAUUUGUGCGAGAAGGUCUGGGCAUCACAUUCGCUGUCUAACACCACUGCAGUAAUAUCAACCAUUCUUUGCGUCAUUACAGUUCCCGGAAAUCUAUUAAUAGUAGUUUCCAUGGCAAUAGACCCUCAUCGUCAGCUCAAGUCGUCCUUUAACUAUUUCGUUGUCAACCUGGCUUUCGCAGACCUUAUCAUCGGCUGUGUAACCGAGCCUGCUUUCAUAGGUUUCCAUAUAAGGCAGUCGCUAAGUUUCCCAGUCGCUGGUACAGUGUGGGUGUUACAUCUCGCGUACUUCAUCGCUUGCACCGCUUCACUGCUCAGCCUAUCAGCGCUUACAAUAGAUCGCUACCUAUCUGUGACGUCAAUGUACAAACGAGACGUCCGAGCCAGCAAAGUUUUCAUCUUGUCAGCAGGUAUCUGGUUCGUUUCUGUGUCUUUUCCGAUGUUGUAUUUCGCCGUGGGGUUCUAUACGUUCGCGUUCAUUUUUGCGAACACUGCGGUAGUCGCGUCUCUCGUUAUCGUCUCAUUCGCGUACGUUCGCGUCUACCAAAAACUCAGGGCGCAGGUCUUGCGAUGGGGCUCGUAUCGACAGAGACAAAUGCUCAAUAAAGCCAUCAUAUUCGAGCGGAAGUUAACCAAGUCGUUCCUUAUCAUCCUCGCAUUUUUCACCUUCUGUCUACUUCCGUCUUGCCUGAUGAAUUACGUCAUAAGUUUGUGCGAGUCGUGUGACUGCUCAACCGUUCAUUGGCUCAGAGACUUGCAGUUUCUAUUCACUCUUGUCAACUGCUCCUCCAAUCAGUUCCUGUAUGCGAUGAGGUCACAUGACUUCAGGCGAGCCUUUGUCACCAUUCUCCGGCUGCGCUCGGUCACCUGUCUCAAGGAGAUUCUAGAUAAACGAGAGAUGAAGAUAGCGCUAAAGAGCCUGGGUUCUCGAGAGUAUGUGUACACGCAUGAUGGCGAAAAGCACGGAGACACCGACGUUUCCCACUCAGAAUGCAAACGGAAGUUAUCGCUUGUGAAUUUGACCGGAAGAGAAGAAGUAUUGUUGCCUGAUACCGGAAGUGAAAUAGUCUCAGAUGAUGAGAUUUCGAAGCCUCAGUUUGAUGAUAACAGCAAUUUCUGUUCUGGCCGGGAUGGACUAGAGAGGAGUUUGUUUCAAGGUUUAUCCACGAGGGAGGAAGUGUUCCUUAAGAAUCCAUCGGAUAUAUGACAGAGGAUGGUUAUCACGUGGUAAGGAACAAUGGCAAUGGCGUGACAAGAUUGACGUAACAAGGUCAUAUCAUGAAAAAAAUAUCGACCAGAGAUACUGGUAGUUUUGUGUUAGUGGUCGGGUAUUUGUACCAGGAGUUUUAUGGUACAGUGGGUGGCGAUUUUUAGAGUUUUUUUUCUGUUUUAUGUAGAUCACCAUCAUCUCUAUAAUGUUAAUCAUUCAUCAUUAUCAUCAUCAUCAUCAUCAUCAUCAUCAUCGUCGUCGUCGUCGUCAUCAUCAUCAUCAUUAUCAGUAUCAGAAAUGCGAGGAAAAUUGAUAUCACCCGCGUUUUGUGGUUUGAUAGUGCGAUUCAAAUAAAUGAAUAGAUAAAUAGAGAUUUUAAGAUUUAAGAUGGAGUCUACGCGGCGCACACGUUGUAUUUCUCGGUGCGGUAAGGACAAAUGCUGUCGCGCGCGUGUGCGUCGUAGACUCCGUUCGUAAAAUAAAAAUAAUAAUAAUAAAUAAAUAAACCACACCGUCCUCAACGGAGGGAAUAAUAGAUUCAGUGGCGGAGCGCCACAAUAAGUUUGAAUGGCCGGACACAUGCAUAUGGAACGGGAAAAUCCUUCAGAAUUUAUACCUAUAUAUUAUAAUACUUACUGGGGAUUGCAUUGGGAUUUAUUCUGUAUAAAAUAUGUAUUCGGAGAAAAUAAUAAUUAUAAAUAAUUAUUUAACUUC